AUGGGUUCCAGAACUCCAGGAUAUGAAGAUCAUAGAAAUCACGACGGCCCAUCUGAGGCGAAUGGAGGUGUCCAAGAUGGUGGCAAGCCAAGAGGCACACAUAUGUCUCAAGAUGGAGAUGGUUGCCUUGGAGCCGGCGGAGACGACGAGGACGGCGAUGGCGAAAACGAUUUCAAUGGACAGGAAGCAAGCCUAAGACUGGCGAAUGCGACCUUGUCGGCGGACGCCGAAGGUGCGCAGAAGAAGCGAAAAAAGUCCAAGAAGAAGAAGAGGUCGGCGACAGUGCCGUUGAAGCAAUCAUCCCCACCAAGAGUGUUGCUGGAUAACUUAUAUCCAUCUGGUGACUAUCCUGAAGGAGAAGUUCAAGCGUACACCAAAGUGAAAACCGCCGCGGCAGAAGCACUCUACGAAGCUCGACAGUAUACGAAAGACGAAGAAUUUCUGCAGAAUUAUCGCCAGGCUGCAGAGGUUCAUCGUCAAACUCGAAAAUGGGUACAAGAGACCGUCAAACCUGGCCAGACUCUACUGAGUAUUGCUGAAGGCAUCGAGGAUAGCGUUAGGGCGCUACUCGGUCACCUGGGAUUGGAGACCGGAGACAGCCUCAAGGCAGGCAUGGGAUUCCCUACAGGCCUUUGCCUCAAUCAUCAGACUGCACACUACACGCCGAAUCCGGGCCAGAAAGAUGUUAUCUUGCAGCAGCAAGAUGUCAUGAAAGUCGAUUAUGGUGUACAUAUCAAUGGCUGGAUUGUCGAUAGUGCAUUCACCAUGUCUUUCGACCCAACCUACGAUAACCUUCUAGCAGCCGUCAAGGAUGCUACGAACACUGGAAUCAAGACUGCAGGAAUUGACGUACGGAUAUGCGAUGUGAGCGCUGCCAUCCAAGAGGCGAUGGAGAGCUACGAAGUUGAGAUUCGUGGCAAAACAUUCCCCGUCAAACCCGUUCGGAACAUCACCGCACACGAUAUCAAGCAUUAUCGUAUCCAUGGCGGCAAGUCCAUUCCAUUCGUGAAGAACUCUGAUCAAACCAAGAUGGAAGAAGGCGAAGUCUUUGCUAUUGAGACUUUUGGUACGACAGGUCGUGGUAUCUUACGAGACGAAGAUGGUGUCUAUGGCUACGGUCUGAAUUACGAUGCCCCUUCGGCGGUCUCAAUACCUUUGGCAUCUGGCCGGCGCCUGCUCAGGACGAUCAAAGAUAAUUUCGGCACGAUUGUGUUCUGUCGACGCUAUCUUGAGCGACUUGGCGUGGAGAGAUAUCUGGCCGGGAUGAAUAGUCUCAUCUCGAAUGACAUCGUGGAUUCGUAUCAACCACUAGCGGAUAUUCCAGGUUCAUACACGGCCCAGUUCGAGCAUACUCUGCUCCUCCACGAAACACACAAGGAAAUUUUCAGUCGUGGGGAGGAUUAUUGA